AUGCGCGUGCUGAUCAGUGGAGCAGGCAUCGCAGGGCCCACCCUGGCCUGGUUCCGCGCCCAGAGCGGGGGCCACACGACCAUCGUCGAAAAGGCACCGGCGAUCCUUCCCCACGGCCAGAAUGUCGACAUCAACGGGAGCGCCAUCACCGUCAUCGGCAAGAUGGGCCUCCUCGACGAGGUCCGGCGACUGAACACGACGGAAAAGGGGACGCAGUUCAUCGAUCCCAAGGGACGGCCCAUUGCGCCCUUUCCUGUCCAUCAGGACUCCACCCUGUCGCCCACGUCCGAGUACGAGAUUCUUCGAGGCGAUCUUGCAAAGAUUCUCUACGAAGCGACAAAGGACCUUGACAAUGUCGAGUACCGCUUCGGCACGACGGUGACCAAGAUCGUCUCCGAUGAUGGCGACGAGGCGCCGGUCAAGGUGACGCUGAGCACGGGCGAGGAGCAGGAGUACGACGUCGUGGUCGCAGCCGACGGACAGUGGUCCAACGUGCGAAAGCAGUGUUUUCCCAAGUCGGCGAUCGGCGUCUUCGAUACAGGCAUGUAUGGCGCGUACUGGACCAUCCCGCGGCUGCCGCAGGACAACGACUGGUGGAACGUGUACUUUGCCCUUGGUCGCCGGACCAUCUCGCUCCGGCCCGACCCGCAUGGGACAACACGGGCCUUUGUCUCACACUUGCCCGACAGUGGCGCAGAGAAGCAGGAGUGGCAGGCGGCCUCGAGGGGAAGUCGAAAGCAGCAGGAGGAGCUGAUAAAGAGGAAGUUUGCCGAUGCAGGAUGGCAGGCGCCCCGGCUGUUGGACGCCAUGGGCAAGGCGGAAGACUACUACUUCCAGGCAGUGCAGCAGAUCCGCAUGACGAAAUGGUCCGCGGGCCGCGUCGUCUGUCUCGGCGACGCUGCCCAUGCGCCCACGCCGCUCACGGGCAUGGGCACGUCGCUCGCACUGCAGGGCGCCUACGUGCUGGCGGGCGAGCUGAACAAGCUGGAGGACGACGGCCAGCACCCGCGCACGGCCCUCGAGGCGUACGAGGCAAAGUUCCGUCCAUUUGUCGACAAGAUCCAGAAGCUGCCCUCCUUUGUGCCGGGCAUCGCGCACCCCAGGACGAAGCUCCGGCGCUGGCUGAUCCAGACGCUGAUUCGCGCCGUCUCGGCAGUCCGACUGGCGUCGGGCAGCGAGCAGCGCGACGAGGGCUUUCCCCUGCCCCAGUACCAGUCCCUGGACGACAUUGCGGCGAAGAACUGGUCGAGCAGAGGAAGCAGGCAUCCGACCCGUGCUUGA